UCGACACGACUAAAAUUCGAUCUGUCAAAUUGGUCAAAUGGAAGUGUUUUUUCGCCAUUUCAACUAUAGAAGAAAGCUAUUACAUGAUUCUUAAGCUACCAAAGAAGCGAGAGGAUAAGAGAGAGAUUUUGGCAUUUAAUUAAGACGUAAUUAUACGAGCGAGAUGUAUCGGUGGCGCGCGACACGCGCGAUUAAACAAGAUUUAUUGCGACAGCAAUUAGGUUAUGUCUCGAGCAUCGGCGGAUAAAGCGACUGAUCUCCGCUGCAGAUCUCCGCGCGUUAUUACUUGGCGUUCUCCCGUGUGUAAGAUCCAAUGGCUCGACCCUCCGUAUCGGCGCAAUGCGACUUAGUUGCGUCUUACAUGGACGGGGUUCACGUUAAAAUCGCGGAAGCUUACAAACCACCGAGGAAGAUCGGCCUACUCAUGGCGUACAACAACCGAUUGCCGGAUGUAUCAAAGUUGAUGUACGACUUCAGCUUGGAGAAAUCCGUGCUCGAAAAGAUGUGCGAGUGGCGUAAGGCUAGACAAGCCUACACCAAGGCACGUCAAGCUCGACUAAAGGAGAAAAAAAGGAAGGAAAGAGAGGAGGCACCACCUUCACCUCCGCCACUGGAUUGUGUAAAACAGUUACCUGUCAACGCACCACCCGCGCCAGAAACGACAAUACUCAUGCCACAGCCUCUGUCACCUCCGGCGAACGACCUCCAGGAUCAUGAAAAAACUAACGGGGGUCUGGACUAUGCUGACUUUGAUAAUGACACGAGCAGUCCCUUCGACAAUAUGGAACUAAAAACUAUCAAUGACAUGGAAGAAUUGGCGCAGGUUUUGCAACCUAGAUCACAAUGGAUACCUGCAGGAAAAUUGGAGAAUAUUAUAAACGAAUUAACGAUUGACGAUAUGUCCGAGAUUUCCAAGGAAGAAGAGGCCGAUACCGAAAGCCAAGGAGACGAUGACGGCGAUAUAGAUGCACAUAGCAUCGAGAAUCAUCGUAGCGUCUCAGCGAUAAUGCAAGAACUUCAGAAGGAAUUAGAACGGCCUGUUAUGGAGAAUUGGAAGCCGUGGCCCGAUUUAGAGAGCCCAGUCGGCAGCGACGCGUAUGUAACUUCAAGGCACGACGACUCAACGUCAUCGAAUCACGCAAAACCAUCGACAGAUUUGUUGUCGGGCAUGACGGAGGAUGAUCUAAAAUUAGUCAUGCAAUUGAGUGACAUGGGAUUUCCCAAAUGCAGGGCGGCACGCGCGGUAUUGGAGCUAGGUCGAGUGCACGAGAAGAAGAUCGUGGAGUACCUGUUGGCUAUCCAAUCCCUAGAAGAGGUUGGCGUCCCGAGUGACUACGCUGAAACAGCGCUGACACUCGCGCAGCACGAUCAAGUGAAGGCGAAAAUCUACUACGAGAAUUUAUGCACGUUAAAGGAUCUAGGAUUUCCCGAGGACGAAGCUUCCGCAGCAUUAGUAAAGUGUAACUUUGAUCGUGACAAGGCGUUAGACUUUCUGAUCGCUUAAGUGAAUUAUUGGAUCAUUAUUCACAAAGUGUGAGGUCGCAGAUUAUUUUUUGUAAUUUUAAUGCGAACAAAAUGUAGCAAAACAGAAAAUCAGAAAUUUUAUAUAUUGCAAGGAAGGUACAUCGAGUCACAACGUAUAUUUUACUAAAAAGAAAAAGACAAUGUUUUAUCAGUGAAACUAGUCUUGAAUAACGAUACCUCAAGAAAGCAACACUGAAUAUGAUAUCUUAAUAAUAUAACUCGAGAUAAUCCGUCGUUAUGUCAUGGAAUUUUUGAAUUCCUACUGGGCAUUAUUGAACAAUCGUUCAAUGGUAGCUACAAUGCUGCGAAAUAAAUUAUAAUAUUGCAACAA